GAUUAGGUUCAAACGUGAACAAAAUCCCAAGAGUGAACUGCGUGAACUGAUCUGGACCCUUCAUUUCAUAUAAAGUUGACAAGGGUUGGAUUGUAAUUUUAUAAAAAAUGAAUUUAAAUUAUUUUGUUAUUAAUUCAUACCAGUUACAAAAAAUAUUAUUAAUUCAAAAUCUUUAACAUAUUUUUUAUUUUUCAAGAUUAUCAUUCAUAAUCUCUUCAACAAAUAUCCACAUUUUCAUUUGACUGAUCCAAACUUCACGUCGGCCAUUCAUCAAUUUCAUAAAUCCAGAAUAUUCAAGUUCAUAUUUGGUUGUUCAUCACGUCAUAUCACACCGGAAGAUCGAUUAUUGUCGUCGCUGUUAAUUGCAUCCUUGCCGUCAUAUCUUGCCGGAAGAUCGAUUAUUGCCGUCGUCGUCAAUUGCAUCCUUGCCGCUAUUUGACUGGGUAUUGUUGUCGCCGAAAGAUCGAUUAUUGCCGUUACCGUUAAUUGUUUCGUCAGACAUUCAUCAGAGCCGGACUAAGAUUCCGGCGAAGAAUAAUCAGAGUUUGUAAUUUUAGAUUCGAUUAUUGUCAUCGCUGUCCCAAGUUUGUUUAUGAAAAGCCUUUUUUUCCGGCAGUCCGCUGUAAAACCAGGUUUGUAAAACUUGAGCUUUUAGCCAUUUUUUGUUUGUGUAUAAUAUUCAGGUCCGAGGUACACAUGUGUAAUGCUUCUUCUAUACAUGCCAACAUGAUAGUACACAUGUGUAUAAUACAAUAUAAUUCACCAAUGUUAGCUUUCAACACUGUAGCAAUAUAGCUCAAUUCUGUUUGCUAGUUUUGUUUUUUCAUGGAUGCACACCAAGUAUUUGAUAAAAUGCCUAGCUGGUUUUCAGUUAUAUAAUGUUGAUAACAAUUUAUUAUGCAGGUGAAACUAGUGUCGCCUAGUCUUAUGCCGAAGCUUGGGAAAGCCGGAAGCUUACGAAGCAGACAUGCCAUUGUGCACAGCCUUGUGCAUACUGAAAGCUGGGCCAUUGAUUUGUCUUGGUGUUUGCGUAUACUAUUUAAACAUGAUAUCAUUGCGCUUUUUGGUAAGCAAGAGUCAAUGCCAAGAGAUUUCUUUGAUGAUUUUGUAAGAGUUUCACAAGAUGAAGGCCGUCAUUUCACUCUUCUUGCAGCCCGACUUGAGGAAUUGGGUUCUUAUUAUGGAGCUAUACCGGCUCAUGACGGUUUGUGGGACUCGGCUGUUGCUACUUCAAAAGACCUAUUUGCACGCCUAUGCACACAUGUGUACUUAUAUGCUUACUAUGUUUGUACACAAGUGUACUUGAAUAUUUUCGUAACAAGUACUCAUGUGUACUGAGUUUACUCUGUUACAACUAUGCACAUAUGUAUUUUGAAAGUGUUGAAUGAAAU